CCAGUGAUCCGAGCAAAAAUAUCCAGUGAAAAGGUGGUUCCUGCCAGUGAUGAUCCCCUUGAUACCCACAAAAUGAUCCGGUAUGAAAUCAAACAAAUAAAGAUGUUUAAAGGAUUUGAAAAGCUCAAGGAUGUCCAGUAUGUCUACACCCCUUUUGAUUCAUCACUCUGUGGAGUGAAGCUAGAAGCCAACAACAAAAAACAGUAUCUUCUAACAGGCCAAAUUUUAAGUGAUGGCAAAGUGCUGAUCCACUUGUGCAACUACAUUGAACCGUGGGAUGAUUUAUCCUUGUCUCAGAAGAAGAGCCUGAACCAGAGGUACCAGAUGGGCUGUGGAUGCAAGAUCACCACGUGCUACAUGGUGCCCUGCUCCAUCACGGCCCCCAACGAGUGCCUGUGGACGGACUGGCUGAUCGAGAGGAGGCUCUACGGGCACCAGGCCAGGCACUACGCCUGCAUCAAGAGGAGUGAUGGCACCUGCAGCUGGUACCGAGGGGGGCCUCCCCCCGAGAAGGACUUCAUCGACAUCAGCGAACCUUGAGGUUCUCACUUCUCCUGAAAACCCAGCCCUGGGAGGCUCGUUCCACCCGACCCUGCACGCUCACGGCUCUGAACAGCCGCGGCCUCGUGUUACCUUGCUUAGAAACAAACGCCAGUUCGUCCCCAAAGGCUCCGCGGGGUUGACACUGGUGCAGGACGAGGGACAAACCUCCUGGAGGCACCUGCUGUGCUCUGUCAUGCUUUGCACAGAGGGCUGGCAAUGUCCUCCGAGGCGUAACAAGUUCCCUUUUUUUUUUCCAAUAUGAAUGUACAAGAGCAAAAGAGUCGCCAGUAUUUUGCCCCUCCCCGUUUGAUAACCUGCAGAUUAAGGGCUCCCCGUGUUUUAUUCCAAAAUCUCCCCGAUGAACUACGGAAUGUUUUACAGAACUAUUAUUUUUUUUUUUUUUCUGUAUGAAAGUCUUGGAUAUGAAAGAAUUAUUGUACAGUGUAUAUGUAAAGUAUUAUAACAAUGUGCUAUUAAAAAAAAGAAAAAAAAAAAAAAAGAUUCACAAAUGUUUCCUUAUCUGUUGAAACGAGUUGAACACUUCUGUGAUUAAAACAAUCUGUGCUCCA